AGAGCAAGAUGGCGGCGCUCUCUCCGAGGCGACUGUGCCGAGUUCGUUCUAGUUGGACCCCUUCCCUAUGCGCCAGGGACUCCCGACUCGCAUCGCCGACCCUGCUUUUCUCAGCAGAACACGCUCAUGUCUCAGUUCCACCCAGCGGAGCUGGAGUCCACGCACGGCGGCGCCCAAGAGCGCCGAGCCGCACCGACUAGCACUGACAGGGCAGACCGGCGCGGAGGAAACGUGGGUGCCUAGCCGCGGCCCCGCCUCCCGGAGAGCGCGGGGCGGGGCGAAAGCUCUCCGGAGACCGUCGUUCCGCAGCUUCGGGGGCCAGCCCUAUCUCUCCAGCCGCCACCACAGCCUGGAGGCGCCUGCCUCCGCCCUCCCGAAUGGUGCUACUCCUCGCAGGCCUCGGCCCGGGAUCCACGCCCCCUCUACCCCCUGCCUUGGAGCCGGAGCCCCGGGUCCCUCCUGCCGGACGCCCCGUGACGGGGACGGUGGACCUCUACCGCAGACCGGGCUGCAGCUCCAGGAGCCCCGCCGACCUCGUGAAUCUUGGCCUCUAACCCAGCGUCAGGUCAUACUUGUGCCCCUUCUCCCGCCGUUUGAGAAGAGAAGCCCUUCCUCCUCGCUGGCCGGAGCCCAGGAAGCCCCACGCUGGGGCCCUGGUCCCAAAAUGUCAGUCCUCUCUUGUGCAUAGGACUGUGCCCCCUCCCCAUCAGCAUGGCUGAGUUCAGGCCGGCUCCGGGGGGGCGGGAGACCCCGCAGGGGGAGCUUCGAGCUGAGGUUGUAGAGGAUGAAGGCCCUCGGAGCCCGGUCUCGGAGGAGCCCCCAAGAAGCGGGAGCGGCAGCACUGAGGCCAAGCUGUCUCCCAGAGAAGAGGAGGAACUGGAUCCUCGAAUUCAGGAAGAGCUAGAGCAUCUGAACCAGGCCAGCGAGGAGAUCAACCAGGUGGAGCUGCAGUUGGAUGAGGCCAGGACCACCUAUCGGAGGAUCCUCCAGGAGUCAGCAAGAAAGCUCAACACGCAGGGCUCCCACUUGGGGAGCUGCAUUGAGAAGGCUCGGCCUUACUAUGAGGCUCGGCGGCUUGCUAAGGAGGCCCAGCAAGAGACCCAGAAGGCAGCGCUGAGGUAUGAGCGGGCCGUGAGCAUGCACAAUGCUGCCCGGGAGAUGGUUUUUGUGGCUGAGCAGGGUGUCAUGGCAGACAAGAACCGGCUGGACCCCACAUGGCAGGAGAUGCUCAAUCACGCCACCUGUAAGGUGAAUGAAGCAGAGGAGGAGCGGCUUCGUGGUGAGCGGGAGCAUCAGCGGGUGACUCGGCUGUGCCAGCAGGCUGAAGCUCGGGUCCAGGCCUUGCAGAAGACGCUCCGGCGGGCCAUUGGCAAGAGCCGCCCCUACUUUGAACUCAAGGCCCAGUUCAGCCAGAUUCUGGAGGAGCACAAGGCCAAGGUGACAGAGCUGGAGCAGCAGGUGGCCCAGGCCAAGACUCGCUAUUCAGUUGCCCUGCGCAACCUGGAGCAGAUCAGCGAGCAGAUUCAUGCACGACGCCGGGGCCAGUCCCCUCAUGCCCCAGGCCAGCGGCGAUCCUCCCCUGUGGGGGCAGAGGCUGGGCCUGAUGGUGGGGAGGAUGGGGACAGUGGGAUCAUGGAGGGGGCUGAAGGCGGGGGCCUGGAAGAGGGCAGCAGCCUGGGGCCUGGUCCUGCCCCUGACACAGACACGCUCAGCCUGCUGAGCCUGCGCACCGUGGCCUCAGACCUGCAGAAGUGUGACUCUGUGGAGCACCUGCGGGGCCUCUCUGACCACACCAGUCUGGAUGGCCAGGAGCUGGGUCCCCGCAGUGGGGGACGCUGGGGUAGUGAUGGUGGGAGCCGUGGGGGCCGCCAUCAGCGCAGCAUCAGCCUGUAGUCCAUGCUCAGGGUGGCUUGUUCCUCUUCACCACCGCUGACCCAUGAGGACCAGACAGGCUCCAAGCUCCCUCUCCUCAGGUUCUUGCUUCCCUUGGAGAGGUCAGGUUGGCUCUUGUCUCUGGUGGGUUUCUCCCCGUCCUCGCCUUUCCAGGUCCCUCCUUGCAGGUGGCAGCUCUCUUUGCCUUAUCCUUUCAGAAGGCUUUUCUCUGGCUCUCACAUUUGCCCUCUCCCUGCUGGCUCCUCAUGGUCUGAUGCCCUUUGCUGCCCCCUUUCUGCCUUCCUUCCCUCUGUCUGGUUUUCCCCUCAGGGAACUUGGUCUGGAAGGCACAGGGAAUCCCAUCAGAGAAGGUGGGUGUGGGACCUGAGUCCUGGCAGCUUGGCCCCCUAGCUUGAGGAAGUAGACACGUGUCCCUUCCACUUCCCCAUCUCCCGAGGGAGUCUAAGGAUGCUG